AUGGCAACAUUUGGUUUGUUGAUGCCUGUCUUGCUGGUCUGCUUUAAUAUUGGUCAGUCUUGCUGGAGUCCUGAGGACUUUGUGGGUGCCAGCUCUCCCGGAGAUAUUGUCAUCGGAGGCUUGUUUGCCAUUCAUGGCAAAAUGCUGCAUUCAGAAGAAGAGCCCCUAAAACCAGUGAUUGCCAAUUGUGCUGGCUUUGAAGUUCAAGUGUUUCUUCAGAGUCUUGCAAUGGUCCAUGCUAUUGAAUUAAUCAACAACUCUCCCCUCUUACCUGGAAUUAAACUGGGGUAUGAAAUCUAUGAUACAUGUGCAGAGGUCACCAGGGCAAUGGCUGCAGCUCUGAGGUUUCUGUCCAAGUUCAAUGCUUCCAAAGACCUAGUGGAAUUCAGAUGCAAUUACUCAGACUAUAUACCCAGAGUAAAAGCUGUCAUAGGCGCAACCUAUUCAGAAGUAUCCAUGUCUGUUGCAAGAAUAUUAAAUUUGCAAUUAAUACCACAGGUGAGUCAUGCAUCAACAGCUGAAAUCCUUAGUGAUAAAGUACGCUUCCCUUCUUUCCUACGCACUGUGCCUAGUGAUUCCUAUCAGACAAAAGCGAUGGCACAGUUGAUCCACAGGUCAGGGUGGAAUUGGAUUGGAAUCAUUGCCACUGAUGACGACUUUGGGCGCCUUGCGGUGGAGAGCUUUGGGUUACAAGCCAUGGCAAACAAUGUCUGCAUUGCAUUUAAAGAAAUGUUGCCAGCUUAUCUCUCAGACACCACCAUUCAUGGCAAAAUUAAUCAAGCCCUUGAGAAGAUUGUCAAGGAAACCAGGGUAAAUGUCAUUGUUGUCUUCCUGAGACAAUUCCACGUAAUGAGACUUUUCAGAAAAGCAAUUGAGAGGAACAUAAAUAAGACCUGGAUUGCAAGUGAUAACUGGUCAGCUGCUGUCAAGAUUAGCACCAUUCCAAAUAUCAGUCGCCUGGGGAAAGUGGUUGGAUUUACAUUCAAAAGUGGAAACAUGUCAUCUUUCCAUGAGUUCUUAAGCAAUCUCCAUUCAACCCCUACUGGAAACAACACAUUCUCAAGGGAAUAUACCAUGCUUAUGUCAACGUGCUCACAUAUCAAUAAUCAAGAUUUGAGUAAGUGCAUUUCUAAUUACUCGAUUGAGAAGUUGGUGCAGGAGCACAGGAGAUCAAGUAACCAGCUCUGGAGAGAGGAGUUUCUGAUUGCAAACAUUGAGCCAGGAUUUAUCCAUAGCACCAUGCUUGCCGUGUAUGCAAUUGCAAAUGCCAUUCGGAAUCAGUGCAAGGAUAGAAACUGCAAAGAUCCAUAUGCUUUUGCCCCUUGGGAGCUGCUUGAAGAACUUAAAGGAAUAAGAUUUACUGACAAUGAAAGGGAAGUCUAUUUUGACUCUCAAGGAGACAUUAACACAGGCUAUGAUGUGCUACUCUGGAAGGAAAUUGAUGGACGGAUGGUGAUUACCAAUAUGGCAGAAUAUGACUUGGAGAAAGAUGACUUCAUCUUUGCAGAUGAGGAGGAUGAAAUCGAGUUCAUGAAUCUAAAGAAUGUUCCGUCCAAAUGCUCCAGGAAAUGCAGCCCAGGACAGGUGAAGAAAGUUUCUGCAAGCCCUCAUACAUGCUGCUAUGAGUGUAUAAGCUGCCCAGAAAACUAUUACACAAACCGGUCAGAUAUGGAUUACUGCAUUUUAUGUAACAACAGAACUCACUGGUCGCCUGUGAGCAGUUCAACAUGCUACAAGAAGAUGGUUCAGUAUCUCAACUGGAACGACUGGUUUGCUAUUUUGUUACUGGUUCUCUCUGUUCUUGGAGUUGUGUUGAUUUGUGCUAUUAUCAUAAUAUUUACUAGAAAUGUGGACACACCUGUUGUAAAAGCGUCUGGUGGCCUAACUGUCUGCUAUGUUAUCCUCCUCUGUCACUUCCUCACUUUCAUUAGCACAGUAUUUUUCAUUGGCAAGCCAAAAGCCUACAAAUGUAAAACCCGACAAGCUCUCUUUGGUAUCAGCUUUGCACUCUGCAUUUCGUGCAUUUUAAUUAAGUCACUCAAAAUUUUGUUGGCCUUCAGUUUUGAUCCCAAGCUACAAAAAAUCUUGAAGGGCCUCUACAAACCCAUUCCCACUGUGUCUCUUUGCACAGGGAUUCAGGUCUUGAUUUGUGCCAUCUGGAUAACAGUUCGGAGCCCUUUUGUUGAGGAGAACUUCUCCAUCCGAAGAGUUAUUAUCCUGGAAUGCAAUGAGGGCUCUCCUGUAGCCCUAGGGAUCAUGUUAGGUUAUAUCUCUCUCUUGGCCUUCAUAUGCUUCAUAUGUGCCUUUAAAGGCAGGAAACUACCUGAGAACUACAAUGAAGCAAAAUUCAUAACAUUUGGUAUGUUGAUCUACUUCAUUGCUUGGAUUAUAUUUAUUCCUGUCUACAUGACGACUUUUGGCAAGUACUUGCCAGCUGUCGAAAUCAUUGUCAUUUUAAUAUCCAACUAUGGGAUUCUGUGUUGUAUGUUCUUUCCCAAGUGCUACAUCAUUCUGUAUAAGCAAGAGGCAAAUACAAAAUCAGCUUUCCUAAAAAUGCUUUACAAUUAUUCAUCUAAAAGUGCAGGGAGUCUUAGCAUGAACCAAAGUUCUUUGGAUUCUAAGAGUGCAACACCUCCAGUUCCUAGCACAAAUGAUUGUUGUAAAUCUAAGAGUGGGGAAAAUUGGGUGAAUGGUAGCUGCCAUUUCCAGUCAUCUGGCUACAGAGAAAUGAGACAGGAUGUACCACCUAAGAAUAUAACAGGGCCCACAAUCCCAAGGAGAAGACUUUCUAGCAUAUGAUGCUCUUGCUUCAAGACAUGAAGCUAGACAACCAGUGGCAGCUGGU